GGCAUUAAUUCACAAAUAUUUCAAGUAUAAUAAAAUAAACAUGAUCGGGUUUGCCCUUUUAACAAUUUUAGGUUCACUUAUUUUAUACCAAGUGUUAAAAGUAAAAAGAAAAUUUGUAUAUUGGAAAGAACGAGGUGUUCCUCAGUUAAGUCCUCAUUGGUUAUAUGGAGAUGUAGAAGAUUCUAUUAAAAAAAAGACCAAUUCUGCAGAAUUAGAAAGAGACAUUUACUUUAACUUUAAGAAAAAGGGAUACAAAUAUGGAGGGAUGUACCUAAUGACACGACCAAAAUUGGUACUGGUGGAUCCAGAGAUAAUAAAAACCGUAUUAAUAACGGACUUUAAUUCCUUUUCCGCACAUUUUCCAAAGAUUUCUUCAGGACUAUUUUUUUACAAUCUUUUCCAUUUUGAUGGAGACUUAUGGAAAGACUGGCGAAGGAAGCUGACUCCAACAUUUACAUCUGGGAAGAUGAAAAUGAUGUAUGAGUUACUUUAUGAGAAAACUAUUGGAUUAACGAAUGUUGUGGAAAAUAUUGCUAUUAGCAACAAACCUGCCGAAAUAAAAGAAGUUUUAGCUAGAUUCACUACGGAUGUUAUAGGAACUUGUGCCUUUGGUAUAGAAUGUAAUUCACUAGAGGAUGUGGAUUCGGUAUUUUUCCAGAAAGGUCAAGACAUCUUUAGGUUACUCUCAAGCCGAAAAGAAGCUCCCAAUCCAUUUGUGCUACUUUUAGUAAUUUUGGGCUUUAUUCACCCAAUUAGAUUGCCGGACUUGAGUGGUAUUGAAGAUUUUUUCAAGAACGUAGUUAACGACACGGUGAAAUAUCGUGAAAUAAGUAAACUAGUUAGAAAAGAUUUUUUGCAGCUUAUGAUUCAACUUAAAAAUAAAGGCACCAUUACAGACUUGAUAAAUGAAAAUGAUGUUUACCAAAAAAGUAGCGAAAAAGAUGCAAUAACACUCGACGAGUUAGCGGGACAAUGUAUGCUUUUCUUUAGUGCUGGAUUUGAAACAUCUUCAACUACUAUGUCCUUCGCUCUACUAGAACUAGCACAAAAUCAAGAUGUUCAAGACAAAUUAAGAAAGGAAGUAAGGGACACUCUUAAAAAACAUAACGGAAUUAUGAGCUACGAAGCUAUACAAGAAAUGACUUAUUUGGAACACGUUAUUUACGAGUCCCUUCGUAAAUAUCCUCCCGUUGCUUCCCUUCCCAGAAUGUGCACAAAAAGAUACGUAAUUCCAAAUAGUAAUAUCGUCAUUGAAAAAGGUACAAUGAUAGAUAUUCCUCUUCUUGGAUUACAAUAUGACCCCGACUACUAUCCAAAUCCAGAAAAGUUUUUACCGGAAAGAUUUGAACAAAAGAAAACUGAUUGUACCUUUUUGUCGUUUGGUGAGGGGCCAAGGCAAUGUUUAGGUUUAAGGUUUGGUAUGAUGCAGUCAAAAACGGGCCUCGCUUCGUUGAUAAACAAGUUUAUAUUUACCCUUAGCCCGAAAACUGUUUACCCUCCUAAGUUUUGUCCUUCAUCACCGAUCUUAGCAGUUGAAAACGGAAUCUGGUUAAACGUCCGGCGGGUCGAGUAAUUUUUUUAUGAGACCGAUAUAUACAUAGGGAUUUUAAAUUUUAUAUUCCACUAGAGAUUUAUAAUUGAAACAUUACAUAACCUUUAUAAAAAUUAAAUUACUUUGAGCAGAAAAUACAUUUAAGUUUUUCUUUA